AUGCUUCAGGAUUUGCUUCAUGGGUACUCUAGAAAGAAUAUAUCUCCCCAGUGCUUGUUAAAGAUCGACAUCAGUAAGGCCUAUGAUUCUGUAGAUUGGGGGUUUUUGGAAGAGAUUCUAUCUGCUUUUUGUUUCCCUAAGAAGGUUAUUAAGUGGAUCAUGGUGUGUUUGGCGGAUUCCUCUUAUAUCCUUCUUAUGAAUGGGCGGUUGCAGGGCUGCUUUGAGGGGCGGAACGGUUUAAGACAGGGGGACCCUAUUUCUCCUCUUUUGUUUGUUCUGGUUAUGGAGUAUCUUACUAGACUCCUUAAACAGGUUGCCAAUCAUAGAGAGUUUAGAUUUCACCCUUUGUGCAAGCAUUUACACUUAGUGAAUAUUUGCUUCGCGGACGACCUGAUUUUAUUUUGUAAGGGCAAUUAUCGCUCUGUUCAGCUGCUGUUUGAGGGCUUUAUGGGUUUCUUUAACAGCUCCGGGCUGGCUGUUAACUUGAAUAAAUCUCAAAUUUUCUUAGGGGGUGUGGCAGCUGAGGUGAAGCAGAAUAUUUUGAAUCUUGUUGCUCUUGGAGAGGGUACUUUCCCCUUGAAAUACCUGGGUUUCUCUUUGAGACCUACGAAAUGGCAAGCUGCUGAUUGUGGGGUUAUCAUCAAGAAAAUUCAGACUAAACUUCACAUGUGGGCGAGUGAUGUAGGAAUUUUCUGUGGGGCUCUUCUAAUUCUCGUAGCAAACUUCAUUGUACAUCUUGGGCCCAAGUUUGUCUCCCUAAAUCUCUUGGAGUGGAUUGAUGGAAUUUAUCUCAAAGGUCAAUCUUUUUGGUCUUACAAGCUUAAAGCUGAUGUGAGUUGGUAUUGGCGUAAACUCUGUUAUCUAAGGGAUUUUAUUUCUGAAGCAAAGCUGUCUAGUGCAACUAUGAAUGGUUCUCUUAGGCUGAAAGUUCUGUUGCACAGCUUUCUGCAAAGACAACCAGCUGAUUUUGCUAAGGCUGUUUGGUGUUGUUUUUCGGUCCCUAAGCAUAGGUUCAUCUUGUGGCAGUCAGUUUUGGGUCAUCUUUUGACUAGGGAUAACUUAGUGAGGUGCCAUGUGGCUGGAGUCUCUGUGAUGUGUCCGGUUUGUGAGCAAGAGGAGGAAUCGCAUCAGCACUUGUUCUUUGGCUGCUGGUUUUCUCAGCAAGUCUGGUUUUUGCUCAAGGGGUGGUUAGGAUCUGGUAUAUGGCCAGUUCAUUUUGCUGGCUGGAAGGAUUGGCUUAACAGGAAGCCUAGGAGUGUUUUGCAUAGAUUUUUUAUUGCUGUGUUGGCUGCUACAGUUUAUGGAGUUUGGUAUAACAGGAAUUCUUGCAUUUUUUCGGGUUGUUCUUAUACCCCCUGGAAUAUUGUGAGGAGGAUUAAGCUGGCAGUGAAGUACAGAUUGUUUGACCGGCUGAGUCAGAAAAUUCUUAGACAAAAUUGUUUUUUAGCUUCUCUAGUUGAUAAUAUGUAA